AAGAUCAUCCUUCGCAGCCGUGAUGGCAGAGGCCAUUGGUGACGUACGAGAGAGUAGACUCGGGAGGAAGCACCUGGACGGCUGGACGCCUCCGAGGAGGUCUCCGAGUCCGAGAGCUUCCCCAACUCAACUCGGACCCGCCACAUCGGACGAAUCCAUUCCAAGCUUCUCAAUCCCGGAAUCCCCUACGCCCGAACGAACCCGGGCGCCCCUCGGACAAAUCACAAAUCGCGCCAUUGCCAAGGAGGCUCCCCCCUUCGAUCUCCCCACCAAAUCAUCCCGCCAUGUCCUCCUCCUGCGUCUCCCACCAUCACCAGGCCGUCCGCCCCCGCCACGGCGGCCGCCUCCCGCUCCCGUCCCCGCGCUCGGCGGCCGCGUCCUCGUUCGCGCCGCCGGCGCCCCGCCGGCGCCGGGCGGCGCGCGCCGCCGCGAUGAGCGCCGAGGCUGCCCCGGGCGUGGCGCCGGCGGAGGAGGCGGGGCAGCGGCGGGCGGCGGUGCUCGCCGAGAUGGUGGAGGAGGCCGCCGUCUGGUGCGCCGUGCACGGGCACGUCGUCGGGGACCGCGCCGACCCGAUUCUGAUCUUACCCAUGGAAACGAGCACGCAGCGUGUCAACAUUAGCUGCAGAUUUUUGUCGUUCCGAAUUAGCUGCACAACUCCUUGUUUUUGUCAAUUGCAGAGAUCAGGAACAGUACCUGGUGUCGGCCUGGUUCAUGCCCCAUUCUCGCUGCUUCCAGCGCGUUUCCCGGCAUCCUUUUGGAAGCAAGCCUGCGAGCUGGCUCCCAUCUUCAAUGAGCUCGUCGAUCGUGUGAGCUUGGAUGGGGAGUUCUUGCAAGCUGCGUUGUCUAGAACAAAGCAGGUUGACGAAUUCACGGCAAGACUGCUAGAAAUUCAUGAGAAGAUGAAGGCAAUAAAUAAGAAAGAGGAUAUACGCUUAGGAUUGCACCGAUCUGAUUAUAUGCUGGAUUCUGAAACCAAUUCGCUGCUUCAAAUAGAGCUCAACACAAUUUCAUCGUCCUUUCCUGGCCUUGGCUCCCUCGUCAGUGAACUUCACAGGACCUUACUCAAUCACUAUGGAAAAGUUUUAGGCCUAGAUUCUAAAAGGAUACCACGGAAUUGGGCCGCUACUCAAUUUGCUGAAGCGUUGGGCAAAGCAUGGGCUGAGUAUAACAAUGACAGCGCUGUUGUUUUGAUGGUUGUUCAACCUGAAGAAAGAAAUAUGUAUGACCAAUACUGGCUUGUCAGUCAUUUGAAGGAAUCAUAUGGUGUGACAACUAUAAGGAAAACAUUGGCUCAGGUUGAAGCUGAAGGCCAGGUGCUUACGGAUGGAACACUUGUGAUAGAUGGUCGUGCCGUUGCUGUUGUGUAUUUCAGAGCUGGGUAUGCACCAGCUGAUUACCCUUCGGAAGCGGAGUGGAGAGCGAGACUUUUGAUGGAACAGUCAUCCGCUAUAAAGUGUCCUUCAAUAUCGUACCAUUUAGUAGGAACAAAAAAGAUCCAGCAGGAAUUAGCAAAACCUAAUGUCCUUGAAAGGUUCCUUGACAACAAGGAGGACAUUGCCAAACUACGUAAAAGUUUCGCAGGUUUGUGGAGCUUGGAUAAUGAAGAGAUUGUGAAAUCAGCAAUAGAGAAACCUGACCUUUUUGUCUUGAAGCCUCAGCGAGAAGGCGGAGGGAACAACAUAUAUGGUCAUGAUUUGCGAGACAUGCUGAUCAAGCUCCAGAAGGAACAGGGGGAGUCACUUGCGGCAUACAUACUGAUGCAGAGGAUUUUUCCAAAAGCUUCUCUUACUCCCCUAGUUAGGGGCGGUGAUUGCUUUGAGGACCUUACAAUCUCUGAGCUAGGGAUAUACGGAGCCUACCUGCGGAACAAAGAUAAGGUGAUCUUAAAUAAUCAGUCCGGUUACUUAAUGCGCACCAAAGUUUCUUCAUCAAAUGAAGGUGGUGUUGCUGCAGGAUUUGCUGUUUUAGACAGUAUUCUCCUCACUGAUGAGUGAGACAGGAAAAAGGCAGAGUUACAAGUGACAACUGACCUGAACUAGUGACAGUACACACAGUCAAAAGAUCUCACUGUCAUUGGGCACAAGUUGAUCUUGGCUGCAAUUGGAGAAAAACUGUGCAUAGCUUACAUAAUAACAGACAACAGAUGCUACACCUUGGGUGGAGAAGAUGGUAUUGGUAUUUGCUCGAAGAAACCCUAGAUGAGAAAAUGGAACGGGAUUGAUCAAGAAGCUUAUGUUGUCAUAGUGUGAUGAAUUUGUAAAGCACCAUAGAGCCGAUGAUGCAUCCGAGCCUGAUGUUUCAUUUGAAUGGUGCCAUUCUGUGUUUUGGCGACCUUGACUCCUGACCAUAAGGAUAAUUGUAUUGAAACUUCCAAGGAACGAGGUUGCAUCUUGAGUAAGAAUUGAAUACAGUUUUUUUUUAUGGAA